UGUUUGUGAUACGCCCCGCAACUCUCGUUUCGAUUUUUUCACCUUAAGAAAAUUGUUUCCAUGUACUGUAUUUUGUUAGUUUUCGCGAUAUUGUUCUUAGGCCUGUUAGUAUUCCAUUAGUCCUGUGUCAAUUCAAUCUCCCAAGGGUUCGUUCUGGUUUUUUACACAGUCUUGUUGGUAACAAAGGUAGCUCAAGCUCGGUAUGUGAGCGUUAUAAUACCGAAAUACAGUGCAACAGUUCAACCCUAAUUUUAAAUUGUACGGAGCGUAGUUAAUAAUUAGUCAUGACCUUACUUUUAAGAUAUUGCAUGGAAAAUACUUUUGCCGAGGUAUUUUACAUCCAGUCUCUUACAGCGAAGGUCAUGAUUCAUUAUAAACUACGUUCCGUAUAAUAUAAAAUUAUGGUUAAACUCUCGCACUGUAUGUGGAUAUUAUGACGCUCACAUACUGAGCCUGAGCUACUUGUGAUACUAGCCGGCCACAGUAUCAAUGCCUCAGUUUGGACAGGAAAUGUCAGUUGAUUGUGAUUAAUAACGCUCAUAAGUUAUCUUGAAUGUGUAGAUGGAGCGCUACGUUCUUCAUUUGGCCCUCACACUGCUAUGCAUUUACCUGACCUUGUCCUGUUCUGAAGAAACCAAAGAGAGGACAAUCUCAGUUCCGCACCUAGAGUCACAACCUAAUAAUCAAUGCCCAGAUGGCACACAAUGUCCAAACCAAAGGUGUUGCCCAAGAAGGCGUGGGGGAUACGGUUGUUGUCGAUGGGGAAGAAUCGCUAAUUGCUGCCCCGAUCGUAUAACUUGUUGCCCUCGGGGAUGGUUAUGCCUAGUCACAGAACGCGAAUGCGUGCAACAGACGUAUUCAUCUGUAUUGCGAGUGCAGGCUGCUGUGCUAGUUAAUAGUACGGGCAAACGUUGCCGUGAUGGUACCGCUGGUAUGGACUUAAAGUCUGGAAGAAGUAUACCUUCACAACAGGUAGAAACAGCGUUGAAGACAAGUGGUUUCAUCGGCACCUCCGGCGACGUUUCCUCCCCUGUUGAAAAAUAUCAGUGUCCGGAUGGAACAAGCACUUGCGAGCUCUCUUCUGGAAUAGAUGGCUGCUGUCCCAUCCAAAAUGCAAGGUGGAUAAAGAUAGUGGACACCUUCCCACGUCCACAUUCGUCAGAGGAUGCCGACCCGGAGGAAGAGAACAGAAGACCGUAAUGCGGCUUAAAUUUAGAAACAAAUGGCGAAAACAAAAUUUAAAUGGGAAAAGUUCAGGAGGAAUAACUCGGAUGUUUUGUUUUUGAUUUAUAUUCUAAGGAAUAUUAACAAACAAAGGUCUGACAUUUUUUUAAAAAAAAAAAUUGAUAUCGGUGUGUUUCGAGGAGGGGCCUUUCAUAAUUUCUGAAGAUAAUCAAUUUGUUCUACAUGUAAUUCAAGCUGAAGUAAAAUGCUUUUAGUUAAUGAAAAGAACCAAAAUACCACGGCGAAGGCACUUUAAAAUUAUAUCAUAUUUUUAAUCUAUAUUCGUGUAUGUUUUAUUCGAUUCUUCGGUCAUCAAAUUGAUUGCAGCGAUAGCGCGAUUUGAGUCUUAAUUGUUUCGGGGCGUGGACUUGUUUUGCACACGCUGUAGUUACUAUUGAUGUGAAGUUUAUAUGAAAUAAUUCACAUAUGAACUGCGGUUGUAGAUGAAAGUGAAGAAUGA